GGUUGGAUUUUAGGUUGAAUAUUUUUUCAGACUAAAUAACGUUAACAGAAAAAAAAACUUAUAGAAUAAUAAUAAAAAUCAUAAAAUAUUAUUACAUUCACUGUGGUAAUCUCAGGCAUAUUCAUUAGGCAGAGUAAGUACCGUACGUAUUUCUGGAAGUCGACACAUGCAUACUUGAUAAUUAGUACAUAGCAUUACACAAUGAAAAGAGGACACCACACCUGCAGAAGAGUUUAAGCUUCAAUCCAACCAUUUUACAGUAGUGGAGGUUUAAUCCACAAACAACAAAAAUCAGUAAAAACCCUUCCCAGAUUUACACCAAUGUCUGAUCCAUUGGAGGCCUGCUAAACAAGCACUUGUGUCUUCAAAUAUACUCUGGCUGCUAGUGGAAGCCAGACAAGGGAGCGGACAAGUGGUGUCAUCUGGUAAAAUGGCAGGUUGAAGACGACACCAGUACUUUCAUGCUCAAGUACUGCACCCUGAAUGUGCUGUGAAGAUCUGAUACGUGCAGGGGCGUUUGAUGGAAUCCGACAUGUGCGUUGCUUACUGAAGGUGGACUUUGCGGAGAAUAAUAUCAAGCAUAUUGUUUUUUUAGUUGUUAUUUUUUUAUUUCAAAGACCUUUCGAGUGUUAGCUGUUGUAACAUGUUAAACCGGCGUUUGUUCAUACGGACUCUGCAGAAUCCGCCGUCUGGGCCAAGUGGAUUAUUUUGGGUACAUUCUGUGCCUAGGUCCGAGUUUUUCCAUGAAGUUAGUGACACUACCAGUAAGAAAAUAAGACAACGCAACAAAUCAGAUGGCUGGAAAGAAAAAGCCGCUCAGAGGAAAGUCCAGAAGAUCCAGAAUCAGUGGAGUACACACAAGGUCGGAGUGUCUUCUGAAGUCAAGAGACUUUCCGAGGAGGGCCAGUCUGUCUCACACAGAGGCAAGUCCCAAGUGGAUGUUAAACCGUACCCCUACGAGGCAGUGUUUGGUGUGGUCCCGUGUCUUCUGGCUCUGACUCAAGGCCGGAGGAAGAUCUUUAAACUCUUUGUAAAAGACCAAGUGGACUCUCAGAGGACAUCCGUCCUCCAAGUGUGUCAGGAGGCCCAUCAAAGAGGAGUACCAGUCCAGCGUGUGAGCAAGGGGGAUCUGGAACGGAUGAGUGCAGCAAAGGUCCAUCAGGGGGUGUGUCUCAAAGCCAGUCCCCUAAGCUUUCUAACUGAUGACGCCACAGAAAGUAGGACGGGCAACAACUACCCUCUUUGGCUUGUUCUGGAUCAAGUCCAGGACCCAAUGAAUCUGGGUGCGAUCUUACGCUCUGCGUACUUCCUUGGUGUAGACCGUGUGGCCAGCAGCAUUCAAAAGAGUUGCCAUUUGACCCCAGUGGUCAGCAAGGCGAGCUCAGGAGUGAUGGAGGUUAUGGGGGUGUACGGGUAUGAGAAUUUACAGGACCUGGUCCAGGAGAAGUUGGCACGAGGCUGGCAUGUGGUGGGAACUGUUGGAGCUGAUGCACAGAAAGUCCAGACUCCUGUGGUCCAGUGUUCAGACUUUCAUAUGACUAAACCCACCUUGCUGCUGCUUGGUGGCGAGGGGCAAGGAUUGUCUCUGAACUUGCUCAAGUUAUGUCACACCCUUGUCACCAUCCCAGCGGGGAGAGUGCUGCUGCCGGGGAUUGACUCUCUCAACGUGUCUGUCGCUGCAGGGGUUUUGUUGCACAGCCUAUUGCGGUCCAGAACCAGAGCAUAAAUGGCCUGCAGCCAGAACUAAAUUAAUACGUGAUUGCAGCUGACAGCCCAUGCAGGUUUUUGCCCGACAUCUUAAAACAACAAGAGGUCCUCGUGGAUUGGUUUGGAACCUCCACAAUGUGUGUGAUAAGGCUUUGUGACUGGAAUGUACCUAUGGAUGAUUGGACCAAUAAACCGACAUUUGUAGAAAAUCGCCUGCAUUCAAAUGUAUUUAAAUCUGGAGUUGUUACACGUGAGUGAUGGAAUUAAAGAACAA